AUGGCCACACCGCCGCUACUCUGCGCGAACUGUCCUCCCGAUGGUAACCAUUGCCAUGAAGUAGGAAAGUCUAGCUGUGGCAAUUGCCGUCUCGUGGUCUACUGUGGCUCCGAGUGUCAGAAAGCCCAUUGGUAUCUCCACAGACUGGAUUGCAAGUCAUUCCUUGCCAAUAAAAACUGGAUUCCAGACUGGGCCCUUACGAACCGGACACCAGCAUUCGUCGGAGAAGGAACAGGUUCCGUCGUUGGAGGUAAAAAGUAUUUAUGGGGAAAUGUUCCAGCCCUUGAUGUCCUUCAACUUGGCGCGAACGAAGGAGACAAGUAUCAAGGCAAUUUGAGCUUGUUGUUUGCAGCUUCCGGUGACAUGCGAAACGUUGUCAAGACUAUCGCUGAACUUCCUUCGACCUACGAUCGGGACCUCGACAUUGUCAUGAAUGACCGUGACCUCGAUGUAGUUGCACGCAAUGUUAUUCUUCUCCUUCUGGCGCUCACAGCUGAAGGAAAGGACGAAACUAUCGAUUGCAUGAUCCACGUUUGGUACUCAGCCUUUAUCCGCAAGUCUGAUCUUGAAAUUCUCAAGCAAAGAGUACUACCUCUCAUUGAAGAUGUUUGUGACAACAUUAAAGGUAAACUAGCCAAGACCAUGGUUGAAAAGACUUGGACGUUUGGUCAACAACGGUCUCUGAAGCUUGGCCUUGCGAAGUCGUCAUGGGAAGGCAUCUUGGGCUUCAUGAAAGUUCCUGAUGGAUUAACAACAGAAAAGGCGAACAAGAUACGCAUGGAUGUCACACUUCACGAGUCGGGACGGGAUUACCGAGAUCGCUCUUUUCUAUUUUUGCCUCCCGCACAUCGACUUGGAAGACAGCGAUUCCGAGAGGAUGGACUUUUACUCCCCUUUGGGACUUGUCGUAGUGAGUUCCAGCUGCCAAACCCGACGUUCUUCAAGAGUACCGACAGCUGGCCGUUGCAUGGCGGCUCCGAUCCUUUGCACGGCUGGUCUAUGAAGGACAUUGAGGCAACUUCUACUGGACCUGCAACCUCGGAUAUCUACGGCAAGCUCUUUCAUCAUCUCAGGUCUUUGUUGAAAGGAUUUCUAGAGCGCAUGGAGAGAUCAACUAUGUCAUUCAGACUUCUUCAAAUGGAUGCAAUCGAUCUUCCCAAUCAUCUCGCCAAACAACGUUUUGAUCGCAUAGAGGUGUCUAACAUCUCGGAUGGCGCGUAUAUUGGUAUCAAUACGACCGUCAGUAUCUUGUCACCAGUACUCGAACCACCGUCUGUCAACCCUCACGCGACCCUCAUCACUCUGUUCAUGAACCUUGUGGACGAGAAUGUGACCCGGGAAGAACAAAUAGCCGAUGUAGAUGCGGAAAGCCCAUCGUCAAAGUGCCUUAGUCAAUUCCUCCCACUCACAACUCUGCGGAUCGGUCACUAUGAUCCCGGCGUUACCAAGCUCGUACACGCUCGCGACCAUGCUAGGGACUUUGAUUACGUAUUUGAAAGGAUUUCACAGAUGCUCCAGUUGUCUGAAUACCCUCGUUAUAUGGGGGUAGCGAUCAAGGAAAAGCAUACCAUUGUCGAGAAAUGGCCAUUCCGCCUCAAACUCAAACCUGAGCAGAAAGGAUCCAAGGAGGAAUUUGACCUUUUGAUGAGAGGCAGUACAAGUGGAAAGGAGCUGUACCUUGAAUGGAAGCGGAUUUUAGGCUAG